GCAUGAUGUGUCAACUGGAACUGCGUCUGUUGCUCUGCUGCUGUCUUUUUGGCCUAAUCGAUGGUCUGGCAGGCGGAGCAGUCUCUAAGUCUGCCUGGGAGCUGCCCACAACGGAGCAAAUGCAGGACAGCCUGCAGAGUUGUCAGCUUAAAGCUGCUGGUGAGGAUGCCGUCAUGCUGAGAUGUCUGGUGGAGCAACUGGGUCUAUGGACGGACGAGCAGGGCUACAAUGCCAAACGCAUAGCAAAGAUCUUUGCGGCCCACAGGCAAAUGGAGGAGCUCAUGCUGGUCAUCGAGUACUGCAACAAUAGAGAGCGACGGGAGGAGCAGCCAGCACAGUGGGCCUUGGAGGCCUACAAGUGCGCCACAUCGGGUCGAUUUGGCAGAUGGGUCAAGGAUUAUGUAAAGCAGCGGCAGAGUUACAAAUAAGCAUUCAUUUUAUUAAAACAAA